AUUUAAUCAGCUGUGAUCAGCUGACAUACUUUGACGUUAAAUUAUUUACAAAAAAAAGAAAAACAUUAAAAUAGAAUUGUUGUUGUUUAUUAAAUAAAAAAAUAAACAAUCAUGGGUUGUGAUGGAGGAACUAUUCCACGCAGGGAUGAAUUAAUUCGCCUUAAAAAAAAACCAGAACAGAAAGAUAAAAUUGCUGAGUUAUCAUUUAGAUGGAGACAUUGUACCAUAAAACAAUUGCCACUUCAACCACCAAUAGUCUCAUGUGGUCUAGGAAAAUUGUACAGCAAAGAAGCUGUUAUUGAGGGUCUUCUUGAUCGUACAACAUUACCAGAGACUGCCGAACAUAUUAAAAACUUGAAAGAUGUAAAAGCUUUAAAUUUAACACCAAAUCCAGCAUAUAAAGAGAAUGAAGCUGAAAAGGGUGAUGGUUAUUUUGAUGAUGGUAAAUGUCCUUUUAUUUGUCCAGUUAUCGGUUUAGAAAUGAAUGGAAAAUAUAAAUUUUGUUUUUUAUGGACAUGUGGUUGUGUAAUGAGUGAACGUGCUUUGAAAGAAGUUAAAUCAUCGGUUUGUCACAGAUGUCAAACACCCUAUGAGCCAUCUGAUGUUAUCAUCAUGAAUGCAUCAGAUGAUGAUUUAAUAAAAAUGGAAGAAAAUAUGUUGACAAGAAAAACAGUUAAAAAAUCAAAAAAAAAGAGAACAAUUGAUGAAAAAAAUGUUGAUUCAGCAUCAACAUCAACAUCAACUGAAACAACAACAUCAACAACAGCUGUCAAAACUAAAAAAAGUAAAAAAGAAGAUAAAAAAGAACAAUCAAUUUCUGGUACAAGUAAAGCUGGCUCAAGUGGAGGUAAAAAAAGUGGUCCAGAAGAUCCAGCUUUUAAAAAAUCAAAAGGAGAUUACAGUGUAGCUAAAGAUCCAAAUGCAUCAGAAGUAUUAAAGAGUCUUUUUACAAGUCACAAGUCAGCAGCUGAUCAAACUCGAGCUCACUGGGUAACUUAUAAUCCUUUUUAUAAUUAAACAAAAAAAAAGUAUAGUACUUACAUUAAAUAAAUAAGUUUUCAUUCUUUUUUUAUAACAGAAAAAUAAUUUAUUAAAAUUUUCAUUGUAUUUUCAAUCGACAUAAUUGAUUAAUAAUUAAAGGUUUAAAUAAUACAAAUUUUUUUUGUUCUUUUCUCAAUAUAAAAUAUAAAUUAUGUAAAGUGUAUGGAUUUUUUUGUUUCAUCGAAACCUGUAUAUUAUUAUUUUUUUUCUUUUUGAUAAAAAUUAAAUAAUAUUAAUUUAAUUAUUAUAAUAAAAACUACCUAAAUUUAAAUAGAAAAAAAAU